AUGUCUCCCGAACCUCAGAAAAUCUGCAUUGUUUGUGGCGAUUCAGCUACCUCGAAGUGCCCUGACUGCAAGUCAGAUACAUACUCACGCUACUACUGCGGAAAGACUUGUCAGGAGAAGGAUUGGCCAACGCACAAGGAAGGAUGCAGGGACUCCCGUAAUCGACGCCUGGAGAAGAAACUUGCGCGGAUCGCCGACAUUUUGCAGCAAGCUUACUACAUCUUCCGCGAAAACACUUGGGACAUGCCUGUGGCGGCGAUCAUGGUUCGCGAUGAUCUUGUGGAAAUUUAUCCGAGCUAUUCCGGAGCGUUGAGUUUUUUCUCCAAAUUUCCUGAUCAUCUUCCCAUGAGCGAGCAGACGAGGAAUGCAAUCCUUUCUGCCUUUAGUUGCAACGAGCCAAUGGUAUACAUAAAGGAGAUGAUAAGCGCUUCUUUUGAAGGAAUGGGUGUCAAAGUCGAAGAGUGCAAAGUCGUCAUCGGCAAGAUUACACGAAAAGUCAUCUUUCAGAGGAUCGCCAAAGAAUUUCAAGAUUGCUCGAUGUAUGCUCAUGGAAUCAUCCGCAUCACCGUGCCUGGAAAGCGGUGGAUCAUCGAUAUCACUGGUGCACAAUUUGGGGUUCGUAAAACACUGUGGACCUGGGACAAUUACAAGGACGAACAUGAUGCGAAAAUUGGCAUAGUAUAUGCGCUUGGUACAAACGCAACAUUGAUCAAGGCAUUGAGCCGGAUUCAGGGUCUUAAUGGCAUGCGUCAUAGGGUAAAACAGAUGGCAGCUGACACUCUCAACGCAGCAAUCAAGGAAUGGACUGAUGGUCACCAAUCCAUUGCAGCCAUGCUUCUCAAUGAUGAGAAUGAAUACGAAGAAACUAAACUCAGCCUUCUGAACUGUAUAGAUGCCGUAAUUCGCUCUUUUGUUGCGACAAACAGGUUUGAGACUGAGAUCCGAAUGGCGGUGGAAUACGAGCUGAGAAACCCAGGCACGAGUGAGAAGAUGGCUGAUGCUGUCGCCAAUCUAUUCACCAUGAGUCUUUUCGUGAAGAUGCGUGGUCGGAACAGCCAAUAA